AUGCGUUUCUUCACCACUGCCCUCGUCUCUGCCCUUGCGGCCCUGGCCUCUGCCUACACUCAGCCCGACUACUCUCAGAGCCCCACCGGCAAUGCCAUCCUCACUCCCGAACUGAACCAGAUUGUUCCUGCUGGCAAGCCCUUUGAGAUCACCUGGGACCCUACUACCUCGGGUAGCGUGUCUCUGGUCCUUCUCCGCGGCCCCAGCACCAACGUUGUCCCCCUCGAGACCAUCGUCGAAGACAUCGGCAACUCUGGCAGUUACUCUUGGACUCCCAGCACCACCCUCGAGCCUGACACCACCCACUACGGCAUCCUUCUCGUUGUCGAGGGCACUGGCCAGUACCAGUACUCCGUCCAGUUCGGCAUCUCCAACCCUGCCUACUCUUCUUCUUCCUCUGUUGCCGCUGCUACUAGCACCACUGCCGCCGCUGCUGUGAGCUCUGAUGCUUCCGAGACCAGCGUCAUCAUCAGCAAGAUCACCAGCACUAUCUGCCCUGAGACUGCCACCGCCACUGCCGAUGUCAAACCCACUUUCACCUCCGUCCCUGUGAUCGGUGGCAACAAGCCCUCCAGCUUCGUCGUUGCUCCCACUGCCUCCGGCUCUGCCAGCCUCAUCCGCAGCUCUGCCACUCCCUCCGGCACCCCUGCUGCCAGCAGCUCUUCCGUCUCCCCCGUCUUCACCGGUGCUGCUGACCGCAACGCCAUCAGCCUCGGCGCCGUCGCCGUCGGUGUCGCUGCCGUCCUUGCUUUCUAA